UUGAAGUGGGUAGAGAGAGAAUGAGCUUAACUUGAUUGACAUGUGUUAAUGCGACAGAGAGAGAGAGAGAGAGAGAGCAAACAUCCCUUCAAGCUGCUGGACUUAAAAGAGACCAAACAUGAGUGAAACACUAUAAAGACAAGAUAGUACUGCAGGGUAGUGGACAGUGGUGGUAGCUAUGAUUCUUGUUUAAGAGUUCACACAUACAUACAUGCAGAUUCUGGCUCUCUGGCCCCAUAUUCUACCCAUUUAACAUCUCCUUGUGUUCUUGGAUUCUCAUCAUGGGGUACUUUUUCUGAAUCUGGUGUGCAACAAUCGUCCAUGUCCACUAGUUAUACCAUGAAGAUGAGUUCUUUACCACAACAAUGUCACCAGACUAAGCCACUGAGUUUGAAAUUUCAAGACCAAGAUUCUUGUUCAACUCAAUCAACAGGGCAAUCUUAUCCGAAAGUUGGUUCAGCACAAUCAGGUCAAAUUUCUGUUCAGUAUAGCAAUUCUUCUGAUUGUUCAACAGUAAGCAAAACUGGGGAAGAGAGUGUGGAAGGUUUCAUCAGGUCAUCUGCAGUGACUCGGGAUUUUACCUUCCCUCCUUCACAAUUGAGCUACAACCAAUCACUUGCGAAUAUUGCUUUCCACCAUGCUGAGCCAUGCUUCAGUGGCCUACUAGCUGCUCCAUAUGGGCCACAGCCUAAUAUUCACCAUGCCCAGCUAAUAGGAAUGGCUCCUGUUCGAAUUCCUCUGCCGCUUGAUCUCAGUGAGGAACCCAUAUAUGUGAAUGCAAAGCAGUACCAUGCUAUUCUCAGGCGCAGACAGUAUCGUGCAAAGCUCGAAGCACAGAACAAACUCGCCAAAAAUCGGAAACCAUAUCUUCACGAGUCACGCCAUCUACAUGCAAUGAAAAGAGCUAGAGGUUCUGGCGGACGUUUCCUGAACACAAAAAAGCUCCAAGAGUCAAAGCUCACUUCAAAGAACCAUGGCUUUGGUGCGUCCAAUUGUACUCAGUUGAAUCUGAGCGGAAACAUGUCAGAAUCUGAGGUCGGUCGAGUGGAAAACUACGGAGAUGGUGUUUCCGCAACCACCUGUUCUGAUGUUACAAGUGGAUCUAACAGUGACUGCAUCCUCAAGCAACAGGAAUUAGAGUUCAGACUGUGUGGUUACCCUUCUCAUAUUGGAAGAAAUAUGCAGGGUUACGCGGCAAACAUGGGUAGUGGUGGUGGUGGGAAUCCACACCAUCUAUCAGUUCUUCUCUGAAAAAGUGGCACAUUGUAGCUAGUUAUUCCUCUGCAUUCAGUUGGAGAAGGUAACUGCUUGUGUUCCAUUGGGAAGUCAUCCUUGGCUCAUUUAUAUUAUGUCUUACUAGUUUGUUUUCAUGUUAAUUGUUCAAGAACAAGGAUAGGAACCUUUGCCAGAUAUUAUGUUUUGUUAAUUGUCCAAGAAUAAGGAUAGGGACCUUUGCUAUAUAUUAUGUAUUAUGUAUUACUACUCUGAAAAUGUUUGGUCAAAGAAGAACAUUGCAAAAA